AUGCCUUCGUCCAUGAACAGCAAGCCUGCUGCGCAGCUCCGCGCGGUUCUGGCACUGCUCUCCGUCGCGGUGGAGAAUCUGGCCUCCGAGUGGGAAUCGUCCCCGGGCGAUGACUUCGCAUCCUCCAGCACCGUGUCACAUGCGGAGCACGAUGCCGUCAAGGUCAUCAUUGCCGCUUUGGGGUCGAUAGAGAGCCUCGUUCUAGACCCUCACACGCGCCUGCUGAAUCUGUCCAUGUCCUAUCUCAUUUCUCGUGCCUUGCAUGUCGCCGCUGAGCACCGGCUCGCCGAGCUACUUGCCCGCGCCGAGGAGGGUGGAGCCACCGCAGGACAUCUCGCCAGGACAACCGGCUUAGAAGAGGGCAAAUUAUGUCGCGUCAUGCGCACAUUGACGUCGCACCACGUCUUCCAGGAGGUCGAAGAAGGGCGUUUUGCCAAUAAUCGCAUCUCGCAGGCACUUGUGGGCGAUGCUGCGUUUCAAGCAAACAUCGUCAUGAAGGGCCAGUUCCAGUACACCGCCAGUGACUUCCUCCCGCAAACCCUAGCAAACCCUGCAAUUGGGGACAGCUAUGACCCGAGGAAGACUGCCUUCCAGCAGGCCGUGGGCACACAAUUAUCCCUGUUCGACUGGAUGAACGAGAUGGUGCCGGAAUCCGACGUGAGCUGGCGGCCUCGAGCGGUGCGAAGACAUCCCUGCGAGGAGGAUGACAGGCCGCCGAGACCCCCUGUCUCGACCCAGAAGAUGGUCCCCCGCCCCGAGAAACAACUCUUCAACCUCGCCAUCAGCGGCCAGGGCAAAGGCACGGAGAAAUACUGCGUCCUCGAUUUUCCCUGGCAGGAUCUGCCGGACGCCGCGACGGUAGUGGACGUCGGUUCCUUCUGCAUGCAGCUCCGCGACCACCAUCCUAGUCUCAAUCUCGUUGUCCAAGACCGAGAACAUGUGAUCCAACAAGCAACUGCUGUGUGGGAAACCAAGCAAUGUUCCGCCAUUGCCGACGGUAGAGUCAAGCUGGUGGCGCAUGAUUUCUUCAAGAAAAACCCUGUUGUGGGGGCUGAGAUUUACUGGUUACGAUAUAUUGUCCACGAUUGGGCCGAUAAGGAAGCCAUCGCCAUCCUUUCACGGGUCGCAGAAUCAAUGAGUCCUAGCUCCCGCGUGCUGAUCGCCGAGAUACUGAUGAGCACCACUUUACCUUCAGACAAGCUCAAGUCGGCCCCCGCGCCGCUGCUCGCGAAUUAUGGUGUGGGAAUGGCGCCUGCACACAUGAUGGACCUGAACAUGAUGAUGAUGACGAAUGGGCGGGAACGCACACCAGCCGAAUUUGAGCGGAUCGUGCGGGCAGCUGGGUUGGUGAUGGACAAGAUCUGGGAGUGCCGGGGUCCCUUGAGCAUCAUUGAGUGUCGGUUAGCGUGA